AUGGUGAUCCAAUACCAAGGGUCUCAGAUCCCCAUCUCGUUCGCAUCAUGCAGCAUCCCCAUGAAGAUCAAGGCCAGUCUUCCUGAUAAGCUCGGCGCCGUUCGAAAAGCUGGCUUUGACGGUAUUGAGCUAUCUAUGCCCGAUAUUCUUGACUAUGGAAAGCUUCUUAGUGGAUCUCAACCAAAAGAGGAUGACUACGACACUCUUGCGGACGUUGCGAAGCAGAUCAGGUCGUUGACGGAUGAACUUGGCCUAAAGAUCAUGAUGCUUCAGCCUUUUGCGAAUUUUGAGGGCUGGAAGAAGGGCGAACAUGACGAACAGAGGAAGAAGGCAUUUGACAAGGCACGAGGAUGGGUCAAGGUCAUGGAGGCUGCUGGUAUCACUUUGCUACAGGUGGGAUCAUCUGACUCUGAGGGAAUUUCAUCUUCAUUCGAUGACUUGGCCUCCGAUCUAGCGGAGCUAGCAGACCUUCUCGCCGAAAAAGGCUUCAGCAUCGCUUACGAAAACUGGUGCUGGGCCACCCACGCUCCAACCUGGAAAACAGUAUGGCAAAUCGUCCAAAAGGCCAACAGGCCCAACAUUGGUCUGUGUCUCGACACCUUUCAAACCGCUGGCCUUGAAUGGGGCGAUCCAACUACGAAGGACGGCCUAGUCAAAGCCAGCAGCGAUGAAGAGCGCAAAACUCGCUGGGAAAAGAGUCUCGAAGAACUGGCUGCCACUGUCCCAGCGGAUAAGAUUUACUUGUUGCAGAUCUCAGAUGCGUACAAGAUGGAUCCGCCUAUUGAGGAUAAGAAAGACGAGGAGGGGAGUAGGCCUAGGGCGAGGUGGAGUCAUGAUUAUAGGCCGUUGCCGUGUGAUGGUGGAUAUUUGCCUGUUCAAGAUAUGCUGCAUGCUGUUCUGAAGACGGGUUUUCGGAGUUGGUUGUCGAUGGAGGUGUUUGAUGGGCUUGAGGGGGAGAAUACGGAUAUGAAUGAGUAUACUGUUGCGGCUGUUGAGUCGUUGAAGAAGCUCAUUCAGGUCAGUGAAUGA